AUGAAACCUGUAGCUGUCUUUUUCCUCUUCACCAUCUCCUCUGCAUUUGCAGGGACUGCUAAACCUUUCUUUCCAGGUUGUUACUUUACAAAAAUAAUGUUUAAAUCCCUAUUUAGACACUUAUCUUCAUAUUUCAGAAUGUAAUUAAAGAAACAAAAUGAUAGACGGUUAACUGUGACCAGAAAAAUAAUCAGUGACUAUAUUUAUUGUUUUCUGAUCAUUUAUUCAUGCAAAAAAGUCAAAAGCUCCAGAAAUAUGUUGAAAUUUUUCUCUAAUUCUAUCAAGUCUGCCGGGCUUUUAUUUAAUUCAUUAUUGAACCUUUGAAAAUGCAGACUCAUAUUUUCCUCUGUCCUGUUUUUCAGAGAGAUACAGCCACAAGACCUUAGUGUUUCCAGAACCGUCAGCCAACACCUAUGCUGUGAUGACACCGCUGAAACCUCUGAACUUGAAGGCCUUCACUCUGUGCAUGCGGGUGGCCACAGAGCUCAGUGGUUACAGAGAGGUCAUCCUGUUUGCAUACCGCACCAAAGACCACGAUGAGCUGAACGUGUGGCGUGAGAAAGAUGGGAGGUAGACAAUCAAUACACAUACUAUUGCAUCCACUGCUGCACAAAACUAAUGCUCCUCUAGGGCUGAUAAAUUGGCACUGCUAGCACUUAAACACUACUAUUACGGAUGUCACAAUGUUUGAUACUUUGCUACCUUAAGUUAUCAUGUUUUGAAUGGUAUUUUAAAGCUCCUAUCAGUAAUUUUUUUUAACAUUAUUAAAAUAGACUAAACAGGCUUACAAUUACAGCACUAAAAACAUCUAUCACCCAUUAGACCCAUCAGUAGACAACACAUUAGCAAUCCUUGUAUGAAGCAUGCUAACUCAGCUUAGUUAUAGUCAGGUCUGAUAAGUAGAGAGACACAGCAGAUUAACACAAUGCCUUUACUUGUUUAUGACGUAUUCCUUUGGGGUUUUGUGUUUGCAGAGAACACUCAGGGUUAGAGUGAAAAUGACUUGACUGUUUAUGAUGAUAACUGAAUAAUUUUAACACCACACUUUUAUCUACCUGUCUCAUCUCAUGUUUCUAUUCUGGUUUUAAAGAUCUUUGACCAACAAUGGUUUCAGCCAUGAUUACAAACAAAAAAAAAACAAAUCUUACUCAUUUAAAUUUAAAGGUUCAAAAAGCUUAUUUAACUUGGCUGGUUUUUGUUUUGUUUUUGUUCUGUUUUUUCAGUAUUAAAAAAAAAACUGGAUCCUGACUUUAAUUUUUGAUUUCUGAGAAAAAUCAGAACUAUGCAACUAAAGUCAGACUUCUGACUUGAAACGUAGAAUUCUGUUAAACUAUAUAGUUGGAAGUCAGUGAAAAAGAUUCAAUUUAAGGUUUAAAGUAAGAAUUCCAGCCUUUACAACCAUUUCUUAAAGUUUUGGCCUUUUCUCAUGAAUGAGAAAUUUAAUGUAUUAUGUGAAAACUAACAUAUCUGUAUAAAAUAAAAUUCAGGGGAAAAAAUAAACAAAAAUAAGCCAGAUUUCUGACUAAAAACUCUGAAUUCUAAGAAAAAGGUCAGAUUGUUUAGUGCAGAGUCUUAAUUCUGACCUUUUCUCACCUUUUUUUUCAUUAUCUUCUGUAACCAUGUACAUCAUCAAUGUAUUAUUAACACAUUCCAAUUUUACUUGGACGCAGGUUUACUGGAAAGAUGAUACUUAUUAGCAGUCCCUUUUUGUUGAUGUUAAAAUGAAAAGAUUAUGCCUUAAAAGUGUGCUAACAUACCAUAAUUUGCCCCCAAAUUGAUGACAGCUACAAACAACCCACACCAUCUCCGACAAAUAUCCAAGAGGUGCUGAUAGAAAUCCCACCUUUGCUUUCAAUCUGAACUCGCUCAGUGCAUUAAUGUGCAGGACUCUGCUAAUGUCUAUUUCAAUCCAGCACACAUGGAGGCUGCUGCAAACAAAUAUUGAAAUCUGAGCUGCUGUUUUCAUUUGUGAAAUGACAAAAAGAAAUAAGUACCACGAUCAAUCUUUCCUAUAGCUGACUCUGACAAAUUACUGGAAGCUACCAAGCUUCCAUGACUGUUGUGUUGCCAUAACACUAAAAAUAUACUAGUGUAAAAGAAACAUAAAGCAUCAUUUUUCAUAUUCCUGUCCUGUAGGUUGUCCCUCUACCUGAGAUCAAGCUCAGAAGGCGUUAAGUUUAAAGUGCCUGAGCUCGGAGCCCUGACCACCCACCUCUGCCUCACCUGGGACUCCAAGACAGGUGCCACAACCAUCUUCAUGAACGGGCAGAAAAGCUUGACCAAAAUCUACAGGAAGGGUCACACUAUCGAAGCUGGGGGAACUGUUGUCCUUGGACAAGAUCCAGAUUCUUGCCUGGGUCAUUUCGACUACCAUCAGAGCUUCGUCGGAGAGAUUUCUGAUGUGGACAUGUGGAGCUAUGUCCGUCCAGACACCGCCAUGGUCGACAUGGCCAACUCAAGGGGAAAGAACCAAUUUGUGCGGGGAAAUGUGAUCAACUGGGCCACAGGAAACCUCAAAUUAUUUGGGAAGGUUUAUGCCCUACAUCACCUCCUGUAG